AUGGCAUCGAUGAAGUUUGAUCUACCGCUGCUGGAUUACAAGACGAGAUUUGCACUGUGCCAAGUCAAGAUGCGGACGAUUCUGGCACAAUCUUCGGAUCUUGAUGAGGCGCUGGAUGGUUUCGGAGGAAAAAGGGCAAAAGAGAAAACUGCCACAAAAUUUUGGCUCAAGCUGGAAUCGAUCUGCAUGUCCAAGGAUCUAACCAGUAAGAUGCACGUGAUGAUAAAGUUGUUCACGCACAAGCUGCAAGAAGGUAGUUCGCUGAUGAACCAUUUAUCGAUCUUUAAGGAGAUCGUUGCCGACCUAGUGUCGAUGAGAGAUUGGUUCAGUUCUUACAAGUCUGUGCAGAGUGGAGAUGUCAUGCGUAUGGGAGAUAACAACCCACGUGAGAUCAUGGGCAUUGGCUCCGUUCAGAUAAAGAUGCAUGAUGGUAUGAUACGCACACUGAAAGAUGUGAGACACAUACCAGGGAUGGCCAGAAAUCUCAUCUCCCUCAGCACACUUGAUGCUGAGGGGUUCAGACACUCUGGUUCAGGUGGACAUAUGCGUCUUGGGCAUAUGAGUGAACUUGGUAUGGCAGAAUUGAUCAAGAGAGACCUGCUGGAUGGCUGCACUGUGGGUAAGAUGAAGUUCUGUGAGCACUGUAUUUUUGGUAAGCACAAGAGUGUAAAAUUCAAUGCAUCUGUUCAUACCACCAAAGUUAAAGGAUAUAAAUUAUGGAAUGCUGAAACUAAAAUGGCUUUCAUAAGCAGGAACGUUGUUUUCAAUGAAUCUGUUAUGUUUAAUGACAGCUUGUCCACAGAUGUUUCACCAGUUGAUUCUGAUGAGGAGCAAGAACAUAUUAGCGUGCAGCCUCAAAAUCAGUCUAUUGCAGAUCGCAGAACAAAGAGGAGUUGUGGACCUUGUCCACGUUUAAUUGAGGAAUGUGAUAUUAUUCAUUAUGCCUUUAGUUGUGCUGAACAGGUUGAGAACAUUCAUGAGCCGGCUACGUACACUGAAGCUGUUGUUUCUGGUGACCGCGAGAAGUGGAUUUCCGCUAUGUAA